AUGGACGACAACGCGACGAAACCAGGUGGAUUCUGGGGAGGCCUCUUGAGGAGAGGCAACGGCACUACAAAACUCAAGACCAAACAAGAUGCACGAAGGACAAGAGCUGUUGCAGCGCGACCACGCCGUCCACCACCAGAGAUGUCGGCCAUGGCCCAACCACGCCCACGCGAUGCCGAUGCGCGCCCGCGCCGACGACGGGUCGCCCGGUUCAGCGACGACAAUGACACAGACGCCGAAGCGUCCGGCCAGCAGUCCCCCCCGACGCCUCUUACCGACUGGCCACCCGCCGGCAUGGCACCCAAGCAAGAGCUGGCCCGCGACCAGGCCAUGGCUCUGAUUGCGCGCGGCGCGUCCUCCCACAAGGGCUACCGCCGCGCCGUGCCGCACGUGUCCAGCGACUUUUACGCCCUCUACGCAGCCUCGUCGGGAAACCGCGGCGAGGCCACGGACCGCGCCAACCUGCACGACGCCAUGGUGCAGCUCAUGACGCUGCGGCUAGCCGGGCCGGGCGAGAUUUCGUCGCCCUGGAGCACGCUGGAGCAGCCGAGCUGCGCGUACAUGUAUGGAGCCCGGCCGGGGACCAUUACGCUGAACCACUGGGCGUCCAUGGCGAGCGAGUUCCCGACGAGCAUCGCCCUCCGCGAUUCUGGCAUUACGCCGCGGGCACUCACCCUCGAGCAAGUGUUUGAACGGCUUCGGGAGUUGCAGAGUGCGCGUGAUGACCUUGACGAGAGUACCCUAUAUCGUACGUUGUAUAAAAGAAUCCUGCGCGAUCCGGAUCGUAUAUUGAACCCACGAAAAAGUUUGGAAAAGCAGAUUACUGAUCUCAUCGUGGCACUCUCGCGGCGGGAUUGGAUUGACUUGACAAACCCCAAAAAUCAAGUCGUGACACGCUUCAUAUUCGACCCGUUUCCCGAGGACCACGAAAAGUACCUAGCCUUCUUCCAUCAAUUACUACUCAGCAUGGAGCUGAAUGUGCGCAUACAUAACAAGCAGCACAGCGACUAUGCCAAAGACAAGCUGUUGCAGCAGAUUCCGCCCACGAUACGAUGGAACUUGGCACUGGCGAGGCGCUGGAGCGAUUACAUUCGAGUCGACAGCUAUGGACCAACCAUUGAUGAUAUCAAGCUUCGAUUCAAGCUCAGAAGGCGCCAAGUCAAGAUGCUGAAAAAAUUUGCGACUACCUUGAAAUGGCCCAAUCUCGGCGAGACCCUCGACACACUCAAAGAUUCGGAAGACGAGGUGGCUUCGGAUGCAGUGAGUUCUGACGCCUAUGCCUUUUUUAGCGGCCUUGUCCUCCCCGGCCCGACGUUUCCGUUCAUCAUUAUGAACACCCUCAUCGAUACGGACCCAGACGAGGCCACCGACGAGCUGGCGCUGCUCUCGCACAUGCAUCCAAAAUGCGGCUUCCAGUACCGUAAUAGCUACACGUACUGGACAACUACCUGCAUCGUGGGGAAGGUGCUCGCGCCGACGUGCCAGGCGCUGGCCGGCUGGGUCGGGCCGGCAUGUCCCACGGCAGAUCUUGGGCGGUCGCAAAUUGCGCGCAUCCGCGCCCGCAUGCCGAAACAAGUUAUGCAGCGCGAGGAUGUCGAAAGCAUGGGGGAGAGGUCCGACCCGCUGGGUCCACCGUCGGAAAUUUAUCCUGUCGACGAAUAUGUCCUGGUGACUCCGGCAGCCAGUCGAUGCGCUCCUCUCGACACAGCCCGCGUAGAGCUCCUAUCGUUGCGUGAAGUGCCGGCGCUGGAUCCGACACAGCCCCCGCCAGGGCCGAAGCUGUUUGACGCAGUGGUACAGGUUGCUGUGGAUGGCGUGUCGUGGCCGCUACGGCUGGCUUACGAUGUGUCCUUUGUAAAUGCCUGGCCAUGCUCGGAUGGGCCGCACCCACUGUUCUUUGACUACGUCUAUAAACUUAUUCCCGCUGACGAGAUCUUGGCCGUCAGAGACUGGGGUCGACUGUAUACGAAGGCGGGUAGCUUAAGGAGUGCACAAUCUACGCCGAUGCCGAUGGUACAAGGCGGCAAUGGCCUUAACGGAGGUGCUACGACGGAUAGUCUCCAGCAGCAGGAUGAUGAGGAAGUCCUCGUUGUCGAAGCAUUCGGCGUGCCGGACCACGAGGUCCUCGUCAGAGCGUGGUGCGCGCAUUGGGGCGUGAGCGCCAUGGUAGCUGACGCGAGCAAAACAUGCAUGGCCUGCGCAAUUCGUGAGUGCUACGCAGCUGCGCUGACGGUACUGAUACUGGUCGAUGACGCGAGCAAACCAAGCGAUGAGUGA